AACGAAGCUCACAGAUGUCACGAUGCGGUCGUAGAAAAUAAAAUUGUUUACAAACAUUUUAUGUGGUAUUAACGUGAACGCAUAUUUCCCUUAAAUUCUUGCGACCAUGAGUAGUUUAUGUACAUCGGUGUGCAGACCGGAGUGCAGGACAGAAUGCAAGAGAAUUCGUGGCAAAAAAUGGGAAUAUCCCGUUAAAAAAUCGAAGGAGUAUUGGGAGAAAUUCUGUGACGAUGAGGAGAAGAAAUUGAUUGUAGUAAGAAAUCCUUUCCUUCGAUUACCUUACCAUUCCUCUUCCAAAAAUGAUUCUCAAUUACUUUAUAACGUUAAUUUAGGCAUUCAGAACAAUAACAUAGCUGACGGAAAUAGUGCUUCGCAUAUUCAAUCGAAUUACACAAAUAAUUGUAAAGUAUCGAGUAAUUCUUUGCACAAAUUGCUCCCUGCAAAGUCGAAAUCUAAAUCGAAUUAUGACAUCAAAAAGAAAUCGGCACUGAAGGUUGCACUUUUAGAUGGACCAAAAAUUCUGGAUACAAAGUGCAAUCUUGCAUCGCCUAAAGUUGUACGAAUCCCAAAAUUAGAUACUUCCGAUCCUCAACCCAGUUCCAGGGGUAUACGCUAUCGCAAAGUGGAUGAUAUUCGUGCUCCUUUCAAUGUUCAAAAUGGAGCUGAAGUACAAGGCGAAAGUUCGCCGUCUUUGCCGUAUAUUGAAACGAACAUUCCUAAAACGUUAGAUCUUCAAUUAACUCUAAAGAAAUUACAGGACGAGUUGAGAGUCCUAGAGGAGAAGAAUUCCAAGAUCAGAGAUCGACGUCAAAUUUCCGAAACAAAACCUAAAGAGAGAAUAGAGAAUCAAAUCAGGACAGAAAACCAAAAGGAAAUAACAGAUGAUGAAUUUUUGAAGUACUCCGCUCAUUUUGCUCAGAAAACGUUGAAACGUUUAAUAAGAAAGAGAAAUCCGAAUUUUAAAUUUGGUACUAUCGACUAUUUGCAACAGAAACGGGUUUUUAAAUCGAGUACUGAUUCAUCAUCAUCAUGCGAUGAAACAAAAGAUUCUGUAAAAAUUAAGAUUAUUGAAGAAAAUAUUAUAGAACCUAAUGAAUGUUCGAGUGUGAAGUCCAAUGAGACAGAAUCGCGGACUAUUUUCACUUCGUCGCGUUCGACUUCAGGACCCAGUCCUAAAUUCAUGUAUCCAGAUGAUUGGAGGAGUUCCUCGAGUCAGAUUUUAUCAUCGAUUCCAGAAUUAUCCAGCUAUCCGAGAAAAAACUGUGACAGAUGCCUUCGUUGUAUGUACAAACCGUUUGAAAUUCCUUUGGAACGAAAAACAUCUUUACCCAGAACCGUCUUGCGAAGAAUUAUAGAGGACACUGUGGAUUUACGUCAAGAUUAUGAAGAAGAUUCAUCCGAGGACAGCGACUCUACUUCAGCUAUCGUACCGAACUUUAAAAACGAAGUAGAGAGAAUUUUAUGUCGCGAAGUGAAAACGAAAAACAUCACGUUUGAUGAGAAAUCCUGCUUUUCCGCGACUCGACUCUGUACGCAAGUUGACUGUUCGUUUCAAGAAAAACACGGACAGACAGAAAUGUCAGAACAGAAGAGUAUCCUGGAAUCAGGGUUCGUACAUGAAACGAUUAUGAAGAAAACUGAAAGGGAUCAGCAAGCCGAUGUCACAACUUCGACGAUCCUUAACAAUCCCACAGCAAUAAGUUCUACUAAAGUUUUGCUUCUGCAACGAAUGAAGCUACCAUCCACGUUUCAUAGCGAGAGCGUAGACGAGGACGAAUCGACCGCCGUUUCGAUCGGCGACGAGCAGAUGAAACCCAAGUAUUUGGUACCUUGCCACGCUCCCACGAAUUUUAGGCCCAGUUUGGAGCACCUGAGAGCAUUGAGGAACAGGAAACCAACGACGCUGCAGGAUCGAAUCCAGCUUCUCGAAUCGGCGUCUUCGAAGAAAGGAGUAUCGGUCGACGAUUACGACGACGUAAUGGAGAAACCGAGAUCCGUGCCCGAAGGUGUUUACGAAAGAGACAAAACCGAGAACGAGGGAAUGAAACGAGCCGGGCCGCAGCCUUUAACGAAAGCCAAGUCUUUCGUGGGGAAACCAUCGCUCGAGGAAGCGAAAGCACGUACAGAAAAGCAGCGACACUCUCUCAAGAAGGGUGCCAGCUUCCCGAGAUUUUCCGUAUCAACGGACACCGUCUCUAACAAAUCGGACGCGUCAAAGGAUGCGUUACGUGAAUUGAAGACGACUCGCGACGAUGAUUUUACAAAAACUUCGUACGAUUUCUCGGGAAUCGAGGACACGAAAUUACCGCUCACGCGUAUGAAUGAGGUCUUGGAAAUUUUAUGGAGCCUCGCAGCUUCGAACGCUUCGCCGUUGGACAUGCUGGAAGCAUUGUGCAAAGAAUUUUCGGAACGUCUUUUGAAUCAAGCUAAGAGCGACGAUUUAGUAAAACACGACAGGAUCGUGAGAUUGACUAGAUUGUUAGUCGAUUCUAAACGUUAUUUGCAUGCCGAUAUAUUUCCCUCUAACUUGGUUUUCUCCACGAAUCAGCCACCUCCCUGCAAUCCCCGACUCCUGAGACGAAUCUUUCCCCUGAAAACGUACAAUCUCGUUGCUCCUGUGCUCGGGAUGCCGGAAAUCGAGGAGAAAAAGAAACGCAGAGAUGAGGAAAGUCAGGUGUAUCACAGAGAAAGCGUCGAAGAGGAGGCUUCAUCCCCGUUUGACAGUUUAGAGGUGCAUCCACCGACGCUGACGGAUACCGAAUCGCCAAGGAAAAAGGGGAAAGUAGGUCAUCGUAGAUACAAUCCUUACGCUCUAUUUCUGGUGAAACCGAGACGCAAGGUCGUUACUUGGCGUCAAUUGACGAAACGCGAUCUCGAGGGUUACGAUCCGGAUGCCACCCUUGAAAUGAGAGCCGACAACUCGAUGAAGAGGAUAUGCCAGGACUUUUGCCAGUGGGUCGAAACUCUAGGCGGAACGGAUAACGCAAUUGACGAGCAAGUUCUCCGGGACAUGUUCGAAAUCGAUUUCAGCGCGGAAGCUUGCAGAGCGAUGCAGGUAUUGAUCCAGGAGAUGCCAGUGGUCCCCGCCGAAGUAGCCUUAACGAGGAACUGUCCCGAAGCGGGCAAGCUUAACAUGACGAAGAAACACGUGAUGAAGGACGUGAAAGCGGAAAGGACGCCGGCGAAAAUAAAAGCGUUCGGCACCGCGAUACCCUGGAAGCUUCGAUUCGUGCCACCCAAUAAUCAGGUCGAGAAUAGAUGGUUACGAUGCGAGAACGUGCCGAAGGAUAUUGAGACGAUGGAAGUAGUUUGGAAAGAUAUUACGCACUUGAGGAGCGUGCUGGGCUUUGUAGAAUGGCUUCAACAGCAUCCGGAGGUAUCGCCGCCGAAUGCUUUGAGGAAAAUCGCGUUAAUGGAUAUCAAGGAUCUGAGACAGAUCGAGGAGGACGAAACGUUCGCUCAUUUAGAGCUGGACAUCGCUCAAAUUGAGAGUCUGAGGGUGGCGGUCAACGGAGAAGAUGUCAUGUAACUCUUUCGUCCUUUUAAACCGUCUGUUCUCGUGUAUUCAGUGUCUCGUUAUUAAGCAAAUCCAUCUUUGUCCAAGUA